AAAGCAAACAAAAACGCUCCAAAAGCAAUCUCUCUGUAUCUCUCUUUAUAUUUUCCUAAAAACACCAUUCGGAAAGAACCAAAUAAUAAAAUAAGAUUGAGAGAUCGCGCAAUAUCGCUCUGUUUGCAUUUUCUUCGAUUAUUCUUUCUCUGUUUUCUGGUUCUGGAAAAUAGUGAUGAAGAAAGCUCUGCUUUGUUUGCUGCGACGAUUCUGUUUUGGAUCUUAAUGCUUUGGGCCUAAGUGUUUUGAGUAAUUUUACUGUAGAUAACAAGAUUCUCGGUGGACUGGAAUCGACUGGUUUACUACAUUCCUGGAAAUAUACGAAUCCGUAAUGUGAUUAAGAGUGGAAGGUGAAAGUGAAAUGGAGAGUGGUUUAGGAAGUAACAACCGCAAUGAGAGGCAAUGGGUUUUUAAGGAUGACUCGUGGUUUAGCCAGUUCAGGAAUGGCUUCAAUCCUUGGAUGGCUAGAUAUGUCUAUGCUUUGAUCUUUCUGGUUUCGAAUUUGCUGGCUUGGGCAGUUCGAGAUUAUGGCCGCAAUGCCUUCCCUGAAAUGGAAAAACUGAAGAAUUGCCAAGGUGGCCACGGUUGUUUGGGAGCCGAAGGAGUCCUACGUGUGAGCUUGGGAUGUUUUGCAUUCUAUAUUGUAAUGUUUCUUUCCACUGCUGGCAACCCAAGGAUGUACAAUUGCAGAGACUCAUGGCAUUCUGGAUGGUGGUCUCCAAAGUUUGGCCUCUGGAUUGCCUUGACAGCUACCUCCUUUUUGAUUCCUACCUUCAUCGUACAGAUAUAUGGGGAGAUUGCUCAUUUUGGUGCCGGGGUCUUUCUCCUAGUUCAGCUCGUAAGCGUAAUCAGUUUCAUUACAUGGCUGAAUGAUUGUUGUCAAUCUGAUAAAAAUGCUGAAAGAUGCCACAUCCAUGUGAUGUUAAUUGCUACUGCCGCAUAUAUUAUAUGCAUAAUUGGGAUCAUCUUGAUGUAUAUCUGGUAUGCACCAGAACCGUCCUGCCUUCUGAACAUUUUCUUCAUCACAUGGACGCUGGUACUCCUGCAGCUAAUGACCAGUGUUUCCCUCCACCCGAAAAUCAAUGCGGGCUUCUUAACUCCAGGGCUUAUGGGGCUCUAUGUGGUAUUCAUCUGUUGGUGUGCCAUUCGAAGUGAACCAGCAGGGGAAAGUUGCAACAGAAAGGCAGAGGCAUCAAACAAGACAGACUGGCUCACCAUCAUAAGCUUUGUUGUUGCGCUACUGUCUAUGGUUAUUGCUACAUUUUCAACCGGCAUCGAUUCUCAAUGUUUUCAGAUUCAGUUCGGGAAAAAGGAAGCACGUGCUGAAGAUGCUGUACCAUACGGUUACGGUUUCUUCCACUUCGUUUUUGCCACUGGUGCGAUGUACUUCGCAAUGCUGCUGAUUGGCUGGAAUACUCAUCACACCAUUAAAAAAUGGACAAUCGAUGUUGGUUGGACAAGUACUUGGGUCAGGAUAGUGAAUGAAUGGCUAGCUGUCUGUGUUUACUUGUGGAUGCUGGUUGCUCCUGUCAUAUUGAGGUGGAGACGAACGACGAGUGAAGCUGUUUGAACAAAAGCUUUUGGAAGGUGCUCAAAAUGCCAUUACAGUCUUACUCUGAACACAGAGGGAUGGAAUUGAAGCAUAUAUAGUAAGCAUUGUUGAAAUGGAGAAAGUGCCUGGGAUCUGCACAUGUCAAAUUCUUUUGCCUCGCUCCCCUGGGGGGGGGGGG